CGGGAGUACAAGGUGGUCGGGCGAUGCUUGCCGACGCCGAAAUGCACGACUCCUCCUCUCUACCGGAUGCGGAUCUUCGCUCCGAACCAUGUUGUCGCCAAGUCCCGGUUCUGGUACUUCGUUUCUCAGCUGAAGAAGAUGAAGAAAUCUUCUGGAGAGAUUGUGUACUGUGGUCAGGUGUAUGAGAAAUCCCCUCUGCGGGUAAAAAAUUUUGGUAUUUGGCUGCGCUAUGAUUCCCGUAGUGGAACUCACAACAUGUACAGGGAGUACAGAGAUCUGACCACGGCUGGUGCUGUCACUCAGUGCUACCGUGAUAUGGGAGCCCGUCAUCGUGCCCGUGCUCACUCUAUUCAGAUCAUGAAAGUUGAGGAAAUUGCUGCUAGCAAGUGCCGCAGACCAGCGGUCAAGCAGUUCCAUGAUUCUAAGAUCAAGUUCCCUCUGCCACACAGAGUUCUGCGUCGCCAGCACAAACCACGUUUCACCACCAAGAGACCAAAUACUUUCUUUUAAAUACAAAAACGUGCUGUCAGCUCUGUGUUGUAUUAAAGAUCUUAUCUGAACCU